AUGGUGUUCGGGCAACCAGGGCCAGUGUCCAUCGUGACAGUGUUCAGCAGCUGGGGCCCUCAGCCGGUGUCGGUGUCGUGCCCGUACUGCAAGACGUUCGUGACGACCCAGGUGUGCCCUCAGCCUGGACUGCUCACCUGGCUCAUGUGCAGCGGGAUGGCCAUGCUCGGGUGCGUGUUCGGCUGCUGCUUCCUCCCCUUCUGCGUGUACGAAUGCCAGGACGUCGAGCAUUUCUGUCCGAACUGUAGGCGCAUAUUGGGCGUCUUCCGGCGCAUUUGA